AUGGAGCUUCGACGGACCGCGGCAUGCAGCGCGAAGGCCACGGUCAUCGCCAAGGGCAUCACCGCCCACGGGCGGUCGAAGACCUACAAGCGGCGCGGGCUGUGGGCCAUCAAGAAGAAGCACGGCGGCAAGUUCCCCACCACCCCCAAGCAGCAGAAGGCGGACGCGCCCGCCGCCAAGGCGCCCCGCUUCUACCCCGCCGACGAUGUGGCCAAGCCGCUCUCCGUCCGCGCGGUGCGCAAGCCCACCAAGCUGCGCGCCAGCAUCACGCCCGGCACGGUGCUGAUCCUGCUGGCGGGCCGCUUCAAGGGGAAGCGCGUGGUCUUCCUGAAGCAGCUGGAGAGCGGGCUGCUGCUGGUGACCGGGCCCUUCAAGGUCAAUGGCGUGCCCGCGCGCCGCGUGAACCAGGCCUACGUCAUCGCCACCAGCACCAAGGUGCGCCGCCGCGUCUCCUGCGGGGCGUCGGCAGCCACCGCAGCAUGGGCCGCGCUGUUCGCGGUGCUGGCGCCGGCGGCGAUGUCGGCGGCAGACGCGUCGCGCGGCGGCGUGGUGGUGGCGGGCGCGGCAGCAGGAUGA